UUGUAUCCGCAACACUCGAUUGAAAACAUUAAAAAUUGGAAGUGACUCAUCCCUAUCCUAGUGGUCAGAACAUUUUAUUUAAUCAUAAAUUGGGACGUGCUAGUGUUUCCUCACUUUUCAUACAGUCCAUUUGAUAGUUUAACAGUGAAACGAAGUUGUAACCUCGAAGCACCUUCAAAAUAGGGAACGAAAUGUCUUCGUCAGCGAUGGAAAAGCAUUUGUUUAACCUUAAAUUUGCAGUGAAGGAUCUUGAACGGAACGCGAAGAAAUGCGAGAAGGAAGAGAAAGCUGAAAUACUGAAGACGAAGAAGGCGAUCCAGAAAGGCAACACGGAGGUCGCACGUAUCCACGCAGAAAAUGCAAUCCGACAGAAGAGCCAAUCGCUAAACUACCUCCGAAUGAGCGCCCGUGUGGAUGCGGUUGCGAGCCGGGUUCAGACCGCACUGACCACACGGAACGUGACCAACUCUAUGGCGGGAGUGGUGAAAGCGAUGGAUGCCGCUAUGAAGGGGAUGAACCUGGAAAAGAUCUCCGGUUUGAUGGAUAAGUUCGAGUCCCAGUUUGAGGAUCUGGAUGUGCAAAGCUCGUACAUGGAGAAUACCAUGUCACAAACAACUACCACGGCGGUGCCUCAGAACGACGUAGAAUUGCUCAUGCAAAGAGUAGCGGAUGAAGCUGGACUCGAGUUAAACAUGGAACUCCCAUCCGGACCAUCUACGAUAUCGGUCGGUGCAUCGACGCAAGUCUCUACGGAACAGGAUGAACUAACGGCACGCCUAGCUCGUCUUCGACAGGCAGAAUAGGUCAACACCAUUUGCCUCUUGUCAAUAUUCAAUCAGUCCUUACUGUUAUCGAGGCGAAUCCGGAUUAUGCAGCUGUGGUGAUCUGAUUAUUUCAUCUCGAGAUGUGCAUUACCCUGCGUUUUUGCCCUCAAACGUGAAUACCGAAUUCUCCUAAUUUGGCUUUCGUAAAAUAAUAUAUAUUCCCAGUUCAACGCGAUGAAAUAGGGGUUUUUUUUAUGAUUUACGCCAGGUAUGACCAACGCUUCGAGGAAUAAUAAAGUUGCUCGUUAAUUUAAAGGA